UUUCCCCGGAAAAUUUCUUACAUAGAAUAACCCAAAUUUUCUCGACCAUUUUCAAGGUGGGAUUAUUUUCAACAAAGAAAAAAAAGUAUUGAAUCAGCCCCUUUCUCUCAUCAUCUCUUUUCUAUGUUUUAAAAAAAAGGAUUCUACUUGUUUGUUAAUCGUUCAUUGUUUUUUUUAGUUAAUAUAGAGUUUCGUUUGAAAUUAUGGAGAAGAAAGGGACUGUUUUAAUGCAAAGAUUCGAACUCGGGAGAUUACUUGGCCAAGGGACGUUCGCUAAGGUUUAUUACGCGAGGAAUUUGACGAACGGACAAAGCUGCGCCAUUAAAAUCAUUGACAAAGAGAAGAUAAUGAAAGGUGGUUUAAUCGAUCAAACGAAGCGUGAAAUCGCCGUAAUGAGAAUCAUUAAACAUCCAAAUGUUGUUCAAUUGUACGAGGUAAUGGCGAGUAAAUCGAAGAUUUAUUUCGUUAUGGAAUACGUCCGAGGCGGCGAGCUUUUCAAUAAAGUGGCUAAAGGGAAACUUAAAGAAAAUGUGGCUCGCCAUUAUUUUCAACAAUUGGUGGCGGCGGUGGAUUUUUGUCAUAGUCGUGGCGUCUAUCACCGUGAUUUGAAACCGGAGAAUCUUUUGUUGGAUGAGAAUGAGAAUUUGAAAGUUUCCGAUUUUGGGUUGAGUGCAUUGACAGAAUCUUGUUGGCAAGAUGGGCUUUUACAUACGACUUGUGGGACUCCGGCGUAUGUGGCACCGGAGGUUAUAAAUAAGAAAGGGUAUGAUGGUGCUAAGGCGGAUAUUUGGUCUUGUGGGGUUAUUCUUUAUGUUCUUAUGGCAGGGUUUCUACCUUUUCAUGAUCAGAAUUUGAUGGAAAUGUAUAAGAAGAUUUGUAGAGGAGAUUUUAAGUGUCCACAAUGGUUGCCACUGGAGGUUCGAAAGCUUCUUUCUCGGAUCCUUGAUCCGAACCCGAACCAACGAAUCACGGUGGAGAAGCUGAUGGAUAACGUUUGGUUUAAGAAAGGGUUUAAAAAGAUUGACACACUGCCACUAUCGCCAAACCCUAAAAAGUUUGAUUUAGUAAUCAGUGAUGUCCAAGCAGCAUUCGACUCGUCGUCAUCGGUGUCUUCAUUCUCGGGCUGGGAGACCAGUUCUGAGGAUGAAUCAACAACGGUGACGCCAAAUCCGAUGAGUCCUAUCAAGCCGAACGUUUUCAAUGCGUUCGAUAUCAUAUCCCUCUCCCAGGGUUUUGAUCUGUCCGCUCUAUUUGAACAAGACCCUAACCAACGGAACCCUUCUCGGUUCACUACCCGAAAACCUGCUAACGACAUUGUCUCAAAGUUUAAACAAAUAGCCCGGAGUGAGAGUUUCAACAUCCAGAAUGGGGACGGAAAGGUACGAUUACAAGGGAUAAAAGAAGGACGAAAGGGACAACUUGGGAUCGAUGCCGAGAUCUUCGAGAUUACACCAUCUUUUCAUGUGGUGGAGCUGAACAAAACAGCCGGAGAUACCUUGGAGUACAAGGAAUUUUGUGACCAAGAAUUAAAACCGUCAUUGAAAGAUAUAGUUUGGACUUGGCAAGGGAAUCAUCAACAAAGCCAGCAAUAGUUUUUAGCCACAAAAUUGCUUUUUGAAGUUUGAAAGUUUUAUACAUGGAUGCACAUACAACAAAAAUAUAUAUAAUCGAAAAAAUAUUGAGUCUAGUGGUAAUGUACAUUAUAUUUUUAAUAAGAGAACUCAAGUUCGAAUUUUAGGGACAACGUUAUUGUCCAACCUCAAACCCUAAAAAAAUUAGUCUCUAUGGACGGUAAAACGGACACAGAGAAUAUUUCAAUUAUAUACCCAUAUAUAUGUAUGCAUGUAUAAAUAUGUAAUUGUAGUUGCAUUGUCCCCCUCACGUUGACUUUGUUGUUUUUCUCAUUUUUCAGAUUUAAUUUCCACUUAAUCAAACUAUAAGAUGUUGAUUGAGUUUUAGCUCAACUGACAUCCGUAUUAUUGUUAGUAUAAGAAGACAUGGGUUCAAGUGUACUAAAGCGCAUUAUCCUCUUAUUUAAGGGUUAAAAGGAAGGGUUAUGAGUAGUUUUAAAUAUUAUAUCAAAAAACAAAAAUUAAGAAUCGUGAUGCUACGAGUUAUAUAAAAUGAAGUAAAUAAAAAAAUAUAAAUUUAUAGAUGGUUUUUGGUUUAUGGAGAAAUUUUUUAUUUACUAAUUCUUUUUUAUCUUUUUU